GGGGAUGUAAAGGCAGUUAUCUUACCUAGAGGCGGUUAAAAGUGUGGUAAUCCAUUCAGGAGCUCCAUCUAACUGGGUAGGCGUGGGAGAAGGAGGCCUCUGAGAGCAACCCAGGCGGGCCCCCUCGCUUGAGGCAUGUCAGUGGACUCAGUGUUGGAGUAAGAGGGAUGUGGAAGGGAGCAGUGGGGUGGGGCCGCUUUUGCUAGGGAUGGUGGAGAGGAGGCAAAGAGAACAGACUGUGCCCUCUGACUGUCCCUGAAGGCUAGGCCCGGCCACAGAAGCUGUGCUAGUGGUCCUGUUCACUCGCCCUUUGCGGGUGAGUAGAUAGAAUUUCCUUCUCUAAUUAACAGCUAAGUCAACAGCCCAUUGUUUGCUGUGGCUGUAAUCAGAAAAGGAUUCCUAUGAAGGUUGCCAAGUGGUUCCUCCCCACUUUUUGUUCACUCUUAACAUCCACCUGCUUCCCAAAGUGACCUGCUCCCCCUCCUUGGGCUGCACUGGGGAGGGCGGGCACUAGGGUGGGGAGGGGGCGAGCCCCACAACCCAUAGGGCAGCGCAUAGUGGCACCAUGUAUAGGAGAGAGUGAAAGGGAUGGGGGUGGCAUUUUCUUCCAGUGGAGUUGUGGGGAGAUGACCUAACAUAAGCGCGCCCCUGCUCCGCCCUGGCGAGCCGGGCAAAGCUGGAGUGAACCGAGCUGAGCCUGGGCCGCAGCACCCCGAGGUUGGAGACGCUGCGGUCAGGAAGCACCAAGAGGAUGGAGCCGUUUUCCCCUUCAGAGUCUGUCAUCUGAACCAUGAGGAUCUGGUGGUUUCUGCUUGCCAUUGGAAUCUGCGCAGGGAACAUAAGCUCACAGAACACAUGCAGGCAAGGGCACCCUGGCAUCCCUGGGAACCCCGGUCACAACGGUCUGCCUGGAAGAGAUGGACGAGACGGAGUGAAGGGUGACAAAGGGGAUGCAGGUGAGCCAGGACGUCCCGGCAGCUCGGGGAAGGAUGAGACGAGUGGAGAGACAGGAGAACGAGCAGCAGAUGGAAAAGUUGAAGCAAAAGGCAUCAAAGGUGAUCAAGGUUCAAGAGGAUCCCCAGGAAAACAUGGCCAGGGGCUUGCAGGGCCCAUGGGAGAGAAAGGCCUCCGAGGAGAGACUGGGCCUCAGGGGCAGAAGGGGAAUAAGGGUGAUGUGGGUCCCACUGGUCCUGAGGGGCCAAGGGGCGACAUUGGGCCUUUGGGCCCAACUGGUUUACCAGGUUCCAUGGACCCUAUUGGAAAGCCUGGUCCCAAGGGAGAAGCUGGACCCAUCGGGCCCCAGGGUGAGCCAGGAGUCCGGGGAAUAAGAGGCUGGAAAGGAGAUCGAGGAGAGAAAGGGAAAAUCGGUGAGACGCUAGUCUUGCCAAAAAGUGCUUUCACUGUGGGGCUCACGGUGCUGAGCAAGUUUCCUUCUUCCGAUGUGCCCAUUAAAUUUGAUAAGAUCCUGUAUAACGAAUUCAACCAUUAUGAUAUAGCAACGGGGAAGUUCACGUGCCACAUUGCUGGGGUCUAUUACUUCACCUACCACAUCACUGUUUUCUCCAGGAAUGUUCAGGUGUCUUUGGUCAAAAAUGGAGUAAAAAUACUGCACACCAAAGACGCUUACAUGAGCUCUGAGGACCAGGCCUCUGGCGGCCUUGUCCUGCAGCUGAAGCUGGGGGAUGAGGUGUGGCUGCAGGUGACAGGAGGAGACAGGUUCAAUGGCUUGUUUGCUGAUGAGGACGAUGACACAACUUUCACAGGAUUCCUUCUGUUUGGCAGCCCGUGACCGAGGAGAGCUGAUGGAUCGGCCACAGCAUCCAUCAGAAUCAGCUUGGUGACGAACUGACUCAGAUGGUUUUACUUUACUAAUUCCUCCAGUUAUUACAAUAAUCAUAAAAAGGUGAAAACGGAAAAGUUAUUCCCAAAACUGAUUCUGUCUAACUUACUGUCUUUCCAGGAGUAAAUAUUGAAAAUAGCUGCAUGGUUUAUUCCAAUUUACUUCACAUUUCUUAUUCCUAUUAUCUGGAGAAUCCUCUGCCUGUGUGUUUCUUGUGGGAAGAGUGUUUUGAUCCCAUUUGAGUGCUCUGAGGAGUCAUGUGAGGAUGUAUCCCUCAUCUGUGUUUCUGAGGACAGUAAGGGGAAAGUAAAGGGAAAUCUUUAUUCCAUUCAGUACUAGUAACAGCUUUAAGUUGGUGAUGCUGUCACGCUCCAGAAAGCUGUAGACACUGCUCAUUUUGUCUUUUUUUAACAAAUUAUUUUUAAGUCCUGGGAUACAUAUGCAGAACGUGCUGGUUUGUUAUAUAGUAAACAUGUGCUGUGGUGGUUUGCUGCAUCUAUCAACCCGUCACCUAGGUAUUAAGCCCUGCAUGCAUUAGCUAUUUGUCCUGGUGCUCUGCCUCCCACUUUGCUCAUUUUCUAACCUAGGUUUUAAUCACCAUUCCAUCCAACAAAUCAUUGUUUGAUCAUUAUUUGCCAGUGGUGAAUCUCUGUUUGUUUUCUAGGAUUGCCCUAAUAAAGUACACAAAGUGAGAGUCUU